GACCCAGGGAAGAUUGGAACCGAAGGAAGCUGUACCUCGAAAGACUCGCCCUUUGCCUCGCGAACCCAAGCAGGGUCCACGGAGGGGGAGGAGGAGGAGGAGGAGGCGGAGGCUGGGGCAAGGAGGUCACUGGGGUCCGAGGUCAGUGAGAGAGGGUCAGGGCGCAAACAGCAGGGACACAAGACCCCGGUCCACCUGCCCUUCCCCACUGCAAAGUCUGAUCACGAUGCAGAGGAUGACAGUGCCUGUUUAAUACCCCCUGUCCCACCCUCCUCACCUCCGGGCACCUUCCACACCUCACCCCCUCCCACCACUGACCUGAGUCCCAGGCUGUGGGCACUGACGGAGCGAGCUCAACCCCACAGUGGUACUGAGGACGAGGAGAACGGGCAGUGUCUACCAGACCAUAAGCAUUCAGCUGAAACGGGGCGUCCAGCUGAGGAGGGACGUCUGGCAGAAGAGGAGCGUCUGGCCGAGGCGCAGCAUCUGGCAGAGGAGGGGCGUCUGGCAAAAGAGGAGUGUCUGGCCGAGGCGGAGCGUCUGGCCAAAGAGGAGAGGCAUCUGGCAGAAGAGGAGCGUCUGGCCGAGGCAGAGCAUCUGGCCGAGGCACAGCGUCUGGCUGAGGCGGAGCGUCUGGCCGAGGCGGAGCGUCUGGCCAAGGAGGAGAGGCGCCUGGUCGAGGCACAACAUCUGGCCAAGGAGGAGAGGUGUGUGGCUGAGGCAGAGCAUCUGGCUGAAGAACAGCGUCUGGCCGAGGAGGGGCGUCUGGCCGAGGCAGGGCGUCUGGCCGAGGCAGAGCGUCUGGCCGAGGCACAGCGUCUGGCCGAGGAGGAGAGGCGUCUGGCUGAGGCACAGUGUCUGGCCGAGGAGAAGAGGCGUCUGGCCGAGGAGGAGCAUCUGGCUGAGACACGGCGUCUGGCCGAGGAGGAGCGUCUGGCCGAGGCACAACGUCUGGCUGAGGAGGAGGAGCGUCUGGCCGAGGCACAACGUCUGGCCGAGGAGGAGAAGCGUCUGGAGGAGAGGCGUCUGGCCGAGGCGGAGCGUCUGGCCGAGGAGGAGAGGCGUCUGGCCGAGGCACAGCGUCUGGCCGAGGCGGAGCUUCUGGCCGAGGCGGAGCUUCUGGCCGAGGCACAGCGUCUGGCCGAGGCGGAGCGUCUGGCCGAGGAGGAGAGGCGUCUGGCCGAGGCGGAGCGUCUGGCCGAGGAGGAGAGGCGUCUGGCCGAGGCGGAGCGUCUGGCCGAGGAGGAGAGGCGUCUGGCCGAGGCGGAGCGUCUGGCCGAGGCACAGCGUCUGGCUGAGGAGAAAGGGCUGGCAGCCCGGGGGCACGUGCUGGCUGAACACGAGUGUUUCAGUCUUGACUCCGAUGUCUCGCGUUCCUCAGACUGGGGCCUCUCUGAGUCCUUUGAGUGGUCAACACCAAGAUCCCUGGAACGAGCCAGGACAGGACAGGAAGGGAGUCCCCCACAACAUGCUCAGCUGUCACCCUCCAUGCCAGGGCCCAGGCUGGGUGCGGAGACUGAGAGUCUCAGGGUUGGUGAGACGGAAAAUCAUGGAGACAUGGAGACGGAGACUCUCACACAUAAGGAGAUUGAGAGUCUGAGAGACGGAGAGGUGGAGAGGCGUGGAAUGGAGGAGAUGGAGAGUCUGAGAGAUGGAGAGAUGGAGAAGCGCAGAGUGGAGGAGAUGGAGAGGCGCGGAGUGGAGGAGACGGAGAGUCUGAGAGACGGAGAGAUGGAGAGGCGUGGAAUGGAGGAGAUGGAGAGUCUGAGAGAUGGAGAGAUGGAGAGGCGCGGAGUGGAGGAGAUGGAGAGAUGGAGAGUCUGA